AUGCGUUGCGAGACGCUUGCUCUGCAUGUGCUGAAAGGCGCCGCUGCAUUAUCGUGCCACCAAGCACGUGUUACGAACCCCUCCAACACCAUGCCAAGAUGCUUCAAGUUUCGAAGAACGUGUCGAGAGACACCCCUGCCACCAUGCCGAGAGGCAUAUGUGGCAACCAUCUCAUCAUGCCAAGACGCCCCAGCUCCGAACAACGUGCCGAGAGGCACCCCUGCCACCAUGCCGAGAGGCAUAUGUGGCAUCUAUCUCCGAAGAAGACGCCUGACCAAAGUGCUUGGGCAUGUGAAGUACCGGGAUGGGUGACCUCCCGAGAAGUUCGGCCCAAGACAGUUAUCCCAAAAAAAAAAAAAAAAAACCCUAAACCCUAAACCCUAAACCCUAAACCCUAAACCCUAAACCCUAAACCCUAAACCCUAAACCCUAAACCCUAAACCCUAAACCCUAAACCCUAAACCCUAAACCCUAAACCCUAAACCCUAAACCCUAAACCCUAAACCCUAAACCCUAAACCCUAAACCCUAAACCCUAAACCCUAAACCUAAACCCUAAACCCUAAACCCUAAACCCUAAACCCUAAACCCUAAACCCUAAACCCUAAACCCUAAACCCUAAACCCUAAACCCUAAACCCUAAGCCCUAACCCCCCUAAGUGGGAGAGUUGCCACCGGAUCCCAUAAGAACUCCAGAGUUAAGCGUGCUCGGGUGGGAGCAGUCACCGGAUGGGUGACCUCCCUAGGAAGUCCCAAGGUACGUGUGCAUGCGUUGCGAGACGCUUGUUGUGCAUGUGCUGAAAGGCACCGCUGCAUUAUCGUGCCGCCAGGCACGUGUUACGAACCCCUCCAACACCAUGCCAAGAUGCUUCGAGUUUCGAAGAACGUGCCGAGAGGCACCCCUGCCACCAUGCCGAGAGGCAUAUGUGGCAACCAUCUCACCAUGCCAAGAUGCUUCGAGUUUCGAAGAACGUGCUGAGAGGCACCCCUGCCACCAUGCCGAGAGGCAUAUGUGGCAACCAUCUCACCAUGCCAAGAUGCUCCCAACUCCGAAGAACGUGCCGAGAGGCACCCCUGCCACCAUGCCGAGAGGCAUAUGUGGCAUCCAUCUCAUCAUGCCAAGACGCCCCAGCUCCAAAGAACGUGCCGAGAGGCACCCCUGCCACCAUGCCGAGAGGCAUAUGUGGCAUCCAUCUCAUCAUGCCAAGACGCCCCAGCUCCAAAGAACGUGCCGAGAGGCACCCCUGCCACCAUGCCGAGAGGCAUAUGUGGCAUCUAUCUCUGAAGAAUGUGCCUGAGAGGCACCAAAGUGCUUGGGCAUGUGAAGUACUGGGAUGGGUGACCUCCCGAGAAGUUCGGCCCAAGACAGUUAUCCCAAAAAAAAAAAAAAAACCCUAAACCCUAAACCCUAAAUCCAAUUCGCGCGCCAUCUUUUGCAUUGUGUUCGAAACUCAUUUCCUCUUCUUUUGGAUGUUUAAUUUCAAUGUUUGAUUGAAAGAAUUGGAAGAAAUCAAGUCUUGAACUCCUCUUUUGUCUUUGAAAAUUCGGAAUGAAAAGCCUUGCAUCCGGCGAUUAAUUGGAUCAUUUAGAAGGCUAAUUUGGGUUAGAUUGUUUGUUUUCAUCUUAAUCUUUCAUCAUUUAGUGUUAAUUUUACUUUAAGUAUUGUAGAUUAAGUUUAAUUUAGUUUUAAUUUCUGUUUUUAAUCAUUUCGCGAUACGAAAAUUUCUCUUAACUUCAAACUUCGAUUACUCUUCGAAUUCUUAUCCAAAUCACCUGAUUUUUAAUUCCGUGGAUUCGAAAUUGAGUUAUCUUUCUUAAUAUACUAAAUUACCAAUUUCGAACCUAAUUUCAUUGUCCGAUUUGACCGAAUUUCAAAGAUAUCUCUCAAAUUUCCCUAAUUCUCUGUGGAUUCGACCCUUAAUUAUCAUUAUACUAAUUAAUUACUUUGAUUAAUCAUAAAUUGGUAAGAUUAGGACUUUGUUUUGACACUGAAUCGUGUGCAUUCAACGACCAUACGAUUUAGUCUCGUCAAGAGGCACCCCUCCCACCAUGACGAGAGACAUAUGUGGCAUCCAUCUCACCAUGCCAAGAUGCCCCCAACUAUGAAGAAUGUGCCAAGAGGUGCUAGUGGCAUCUAUCUCCGAAGAAUGUGCGAGGCACCAAAGUGUUUGGGUGUGUGAAGUAUCGAGAUGGGUGACCUCCCGAGAAGUUCGGCCCAAGACAGUUAUCCUUAAAAAAAAAAAAAAAAAAAACCCUAAACCCUAAAUCAUAAGGCUUAUGAUACUAACAAGAACGUGCUGGUGCCUUAUGGUACUAGCAAGAUCUUGGCCAAAAGGAUUAAGCGCAUGCAACACUAGGAAAACAAGUUCAUAUUUGGGCUUAUUGUCAUGCUCCAGCAUAGUUCUGUCCUCCUCACUGCCCUAACCACUCUUUUCUCACCACUUUAUAUCAUUUUAUUUAUUUCUUAGAACCACUUACUGCAGCAAACUCUUUUUUUGCAAGAACACCUCAUGGCACACAACACGGAGGUAUACACAUCCUACUACUAUUGAGCGGAUCUUCCAACUUCAUGAACUCAAUGGCUCUUCCAGCCCAAUGCAAAUCAACCACCUUCUUCAAACAUUAUGAGCACACUAGAAUCUAUCUCCACUUUUGUCACAUCCUCUCUUCAAAAGAGGUCCAUAAUCCUCCAUCUCAUCCUCGCCUUUGUGCGACCUCAGAAUGAGGUCAAACUUCUAGCACUCAAUCAAAUUUCUUCAUUUCAAAAAAAAAAAAAAAACCCUAAAUCCUAAACCCCCUAUGUGGGAGAGUUGCCAUCGGAUCCCAUAAGAACUCCGGAGUUAAGGGUGCUCGAGUGGGAGCAAUCCCCAGAUGGUUGACCUCCCAAGGAAGUCCCUGGGUACAUGUGCGCACGUCGCAUGGCACCUACUUUGCAUGUGCUGAAAGGCACUAGGCACAUGUUAUUAAUCCCUCUGCCACCAUGCCAAGAGGCACUCAGCUCCAAAGAACGUGUCGGGAGGCACCCUUGCCACAAUGCCGAGAGGCACAUGUGGCAUCCAUCUCACCAGCAAUGUGCCAACAGGCACUCAGCUCUGAAGAACGUGCCGAGAGGCACCCUUGCCACCAUGCCGAGAGGCACAUGUGGCAUUCAUCUCACCAACAACGUGCUGAGAGGCACUCAACUCCGAACAACGUGUUAGAGGCACCCCUGUCACCAUGUCGAGAGGCACAUGUGGCAUCCAUCUCACCAGCAAUGUGCCGACAAGCACUCAGCUCCAAAGAACGUGCCGAGAGGCACCCCUUCCACCAUGCCGAGAGGCACAUGUGGCAUCCAUCUCACCAGUAAUGUGCCGACAAGCACUCAGCUCCAAAGAAUGUGCCGAGAGGCACCAAAAGUGCUUGGGUGUGUGAAGUACCAAGAUGGGUGACCUCCCGAGAAGUUCGACCCAAGAUAGUUAUCUAAAAAAUAAAAAAAAUAAAAAAACCUAAACCCUAAACCCUAAAACCCUUAACGCUAAACCUAAACCCAACCCCCCUAAGUGAGAGAGUUGCCACCGGAUCCCAUAAGAACUCCGGAGUUAAGUGUGCUUGGGUGGGAGCCAUCCCAGAGAAUGUGUUGAGAGGCACCAAAGUGCUUGGGUGUGUGAAGUACCAGGAUGGGUGACCUCUCGAGAAGUUCAGCCCAAGAUAGUUAUCCCAAAAGAAAAAAAAAAAAAAAAACCUAAACCCUUAAACCUAAGGAAUACUUAGAUCCUUUAGCAUCAUCACACUUCACAACUGAGGGUGAAGUUGAGUUUCGGUCUAUCCUAUUUGUGUGAAAACUUUAAGUCCUGCAGGAAGAGGAUAUGACAUUGUUAAUCCAAAGACGAGGAACAUAAGGCUUUAUGUCAAAUGUGUUUUCAUCUCUGAUGUGUUUGACGGUGAACUUUUCCUGAGGUACCUAAGUUUUGUGAAGGGUAUUGUGGAUUCAAAUGACCUUCCGCUUAAUGUAUCGCAUGAAAUCCUCCAAGAAAGCCGCAUAAUACAAAUAAUGAGAAAGCGCCUUGUUCAAAAGGCUUUUAAUAUGAUUUUGGUAUUUCUCUCAGUGAGAAUAGAGAUGACUAUGACAAUUUCUGGAGAACUUUGGUAAACACUUGAAAUUGGGUUGCAUGGAGGACCACCUAAACCACAAGUGCAUAGCACCACUGCUCAGAUUUUUCUCAUCUCAUAGUGAGCAAGAACUGAUCAGCUUAGAUGAGUAUGUGGAGAAUAUGAACCCCAAACAAAAGGAUAUUUACUAUAUUGCAGCUGACAGCUUGACAAGUACGAAAAACACUCCUUUCUUGGAGUGGCUUCUUGAGAAAGAAUAUGAAGUUCUAUUCUUAGUUGAUCCCAUAGACAAGGUGGCCAUUACAAAGCUUAAAUCCUACAAGGAAAAGAAUUUUGUGGACAUCACCAAGGAGGACCUAGAUCUAGGUGAUAGGAAUGAAGAGGAGAAGGAGAAGGAGAUCAAGUAGGAAUUCGGCCAAAUGUGCGAUUAGAUUAAGAACAAGCUGGGGGACAAAGUAGCUAGUGUCUAGAUUUCUAACCGACUCAGUACAUCUCCAUGUGUUCUCGUCUCUGGGAAAUUUGACUAGUCUACGAACAUGAAAAGGUUGAUGAAGGCUCAGACAAUUGGGGAUACAAGUAGCUUGGACUUUAUGCGUAGCAGAAGAGUGUUUAGAAUUAACCCAGACCAUCCCAUAAUCAAAGAUUUGAAUGUUGCCUGCCUAACUUCUUUUGACAAUCCAAAGGCAUUGACAGUCAUUGACCUUCUCUAUGAUAUGGCUUUGAUCUCCAGUGGCUUCACUCCCGACAAUCCCUCCGAACUCAGUGGGAAGAUCUAUGAGAUGAUAGCCAUGGCGCUUUCUGUCAAAUGGGUGGCGCCACCUGUUGAGAUUGUGGAGCCACUUGUUCAAAUUGAAGGAUCGACAAAUUAA